AUGUGGAACAAAAGGAAGUCGGAGAUGUACCUCCCAUGCAUUCUGAUACUCAUAGCAUCUCUCUCUGUUGCAUCGCAGAUCCAGAAGGAUAGAGAUGGAGAGGGCGUGGCUUACCACGAUGCCUCCCAUGCGACACAAUACAGAAACGCACCCGUAUACAGACAGAAGUUGGCCUAUAGAAUGGCACCCCGUCCUUGUCCGCAGAAUAAGAAAAUUUGCUGUCCAGGCUACUACAAUUUGAAAGGCUAUUGUACAAAGGAAGAAAACAAAUGCUGCAAAGUGGAUGUUUCACCAAGACAAGUCCCAUAUUAUGUAUCUGAGUCAUAUUAUCAGCAACAAUAUUAUAUGGGCAGGGUGUCAAGAAGAUGUGGCCCAAAGGGAUCAGUGAGAUGUUACAGAUCAGAGCAGCUAAAUAGGAGAUUGACAUUGUACCGCCAGAAAAAAAUGUACAGGACUGAAUACAGAACAUGUCCCCCUAACCAGGUUACGUGUUGUAACGGGUUCGAAGCAGUACAUGGCAAUUGCAUAGCUAAAAAUGUGGUGAUGACUAACAAGGAAUUGAUAGAGCAAGUAAGAAGAUCAGGGGGCGACCUUGGAAAAAACAAGAAUAUGUGUUGUAUACCUAAACCAGCACGACCUGUACAAAUGUUCUACUACAACAAAGGAGAAUACUUCGCUGAGAGAGCCAACCUUAAAAAGUCUAGAAGAUGUGGCCCAAAAGGCAGUGUGCGUUGUUAUAAAAUGGAGCAGGGAUAUGUGUCAAAAUUCAGAAAUAUCCAGAUGAUUGGAUACAGAUUGGGGCCUGUGCCUAUCUGCCCAGAGAAGAAUAUUAUAUGUUGUAAUGAGUACAUACAUAUAAAGGGUUACUGUCUGCACCAGAGUUUUGCAGUGAACAACCUCGAAUUAUUGGAAAAACUUCGCAAGGAUGCUGGAAUCGUUGGAUAA